AUGGGUAUUAAAAUCAGCGAAAAGUUUCUCAAUGAUCUAACCACCAAGCUUAUCAAGGCCGCCGAUAGUGGCCAAAAGCUGGGGGUCACCGACCCCGAAGAGGUCGGACAAUAUGUCUGCUCCGUCCUGGCUCUGGGUUGUGAACUUAUCCCAGUCAUUGGGAGCAGCCUUAGCGCGCUUACUACACUGUUCGGAAGUUUACUCUUUCAUCCAAAUGCAACUGAGAAGAUCUGGGAGAAGCUACGAGAGCGCGUCGAGGCACUUGCUAAAACCAAGAUCACAGAAACUCAGUUGAGCAUUCUGAGGAAGAAGAUCCGAGGUCUCCAAGAUAAUAUGGAGAACUACACACGGGUCUGGGAAGACUACAAGGAUUCAUCUGGCGAUGAGCAGAUGAGAGCAAGGGACACGCUCAAAAUGACUCACAUCGCCUUUUUGAGCGUAGUCAGAGCUGCUAUUCCUGAGUUUCGGGUCGAAAGUUUUGCAGUGCCUUCUCUUCCCUUAUUUGCUCUUGCAGCCAAUAUCCACCUCAUGCUGCUAUCCGAUGGCAUCAGGCAUGGCAUAGCCUGGGGCUACUCUGAAAAGAACAUCAACACAAUGAGUGCCGAGUUUAAGAAGAAAACUUCGCCCCAGGGUGUUGUUGGAUAUGCAGCAACGAUGGCCUCGGAACAGAACCAUCUACUCAAAGGGGCUAUCGCCACGGCCAUCGACCUGGAAAUGCCAAGUACUAUAGUCGCUACAUGGGAAGACGCAUAUUCUGACCUCGCUGUUCCUGCAUCAGGAUACACAGGGAAUGGUGAAGGAUACGAUGAUCUUGACUAUGCAACCUACGCCUACAAGGUCUAUUAUAAAGGGCGGGGGCAGGUCAAACCUUACCAUGCGGAGCUUAAUGACGCCGACAACAGGGGAGGCACAGCUGCAGCCACUCUCAGGGCCUACGCGGACUACGACUCUGGUAUGGUCAUGAAUGUGCUCAACUACGCCGAAUACUGGCCAUACUUGGCGGGAGACAAGAUGCCCGAGUCUGUCUUGAGAAAAUUGGACCGAGAGAUCUACUUCGGCCCGUUUGGUCGUCACACGACUAAUGCUGCAUGGAGCGAGUACAGUGAAGCUCCUGUCACUGACCGUGGUCCUCCCAUCACUUCCGCGUACGUGAGGGGAUGGGAUGACAUUGAUGGACUGCAGAUGAGGUACGGAAACUCCUGGGGUCAUGCUUAUGGGUCGACUACUGGGGGUGCGCCAAAACAACUCGACCUUGCUGAGGACGAAUACUUCUACUGGGUCAGCGUUUACUACGGACAGAAACUUGGAAAGGUCAGAUUUUGGAACAACAAAGAUAAGGCAUUGGAAUGUGGUAGUGGAAAGCAUGGAUCAUACUAUGGCUGUGCUGCACCACCAGGCUACAGAUUGACAAGUGUCUAUAUUACGAAGUGGGAAAGCUUCACUCCACCAGGCUGUGAGGGUAUCAUCUUGGGCUUCAGGCCGUCUAUCAUCGAGUUCACGCCUAAAUAA